CGUCCGGGCAGCGCCGAGCCCCGCCGCGCCGCCGGGGUGGCCAUGGAGUACACGCCGCCCCCAAAGCCGCAGCUCUCCUCCCGGGCCAACGCCUUCUCCAUCGCCGCCCUCAUGUCGAGCGGCAGCUCCAAGGACAAGGAGUCCCCCGAGAGCACCAUCAAGCCGCUGGAACAAUUCGUUGAGAAAUCCUCUUGCGCCCAGCCUUUGAGUGACUUAUCCAGCCUGGACCCUCACGGGGAUUUUAGCACCAGCCCUUCGUCCCUGUGCACCGAGCCCCUCAUCCCCACCACCCCCAUCAUUCCCAGCGAGGAGAUGGCCAAAAUUUCCUGCAGCCUGGAGACCAAAGAGCUCUGGGACAAGUUUCACGAGCUGGGUACCGAGAUGAUCAUCACCAAAUCCGGGAGGAGAAUGUUUCCUACGAUCAGGGUUUCCUUCUCGGGAGUGGAUCCUGAAGCCAAGUACAUUGUGUUAAUGGAUAUAGUUCCUGUGGACAAUAAAAGAUAUAGAUAUGCCUACCACAGGUCUUCCUGGUUAGUGGCUGGAAAAGCUGACCCUCCGCUCCCUGCAAGGUUGUAUGUGCACCCUGACUCCCCGUUCACAGGAGAGCAACUGCUGAAGCAGAUGGUGUCCUUCGAAAAAGUCAAACUCACCAACAAUGAGCUGGAUCAGCAUGGCCAUAUCAUUUUGAACUCCAUGCACAAGUACCAGCCAAGAGUCCACAUUAUUAAGAAGAAGGAUCAUACAGCUUCUUUGCUAAAUCUGAAAUCGGAAGAGUUCAGGACAUUUAUCUUUCCAGAGACAGUUUUUACUGCUGUUACUGCCUACCAGAAUCAACUGAUAACCAAGUUGAAAAUUGACAGCAACCCUUUUGCUAAAGGAUUCCGGGACUCUUCCAGACUCACUGAUAUCGAGAGAGAAAGCGUGGAGAGCCUUAUCCAAAAACAUUCCUAUGCCCGAUCCCCCAUUCGAACCUAUGGAGGAGAAGAAGAUCUUGGAGAUGACAGCCAGGCAACACAAAGUAGAGGAUCAGCCUUUACAACAUCUGAUAACCUGUCCCUCAGUUCCUGGGUAUCCUCCUCAACCAGUUUUCCUGGAUUUCAGCAUCCACAAUCUUUGAGUGCCCUGGGUACCAGCACUGCAUCCAUAGCUACACCCAUUCCUCAUCCAAUCCAAGGAUCUCUGCCUCCGUACAGCCGCCUGGGAAUGCCUCUUACACCCUCUGCUAUAGCCAGCUCCAUGCAAGGUAGUGGCCCCACUUUCCCUUCCUUCCACAUGCCUAGGUACCACCAUUAUUUUCAGCAGGGUCCUUAUGCAGCUAUCCAGGGACUGCGUCACUCCUCCGCAGUGAUGACACCGUUUGUAUGAGUGACGUAAGCCAAGAGAAACACGAGAUAUUAAAUGUGCGAGUUUGGUAUGAAAAAUACAAGGGACCUUCCUGAAAGGCCUGUGGCAGGAGUUCUGAACUCAUAACAAACCAGCUAAGAUAAUGCAUUAUGGAUAUAGAUUCCUCUGUGGAGGGAUCACAAGAAGAGAGCAUGCAGCCUGAAGCUGCUCACAGAUCUAUCUGUAACACAGCUGAAAUGGAUCCCAAAGUUCCCAGGAUUUUUGGUCACGUACAGCUUGUUCCAAAGGUGCAUUAUUCCUAGGGGAAAGAGAUUACGUUUAUGCAGCAGUGUACAAAUUAAUUGUGUAUAGGUCUUUUUUCAUAUGCUAGAAAAAUUCUGAAAAAGGCAAUACUCUUACUCAUCUUCAUCUCUUCUUGUGACCGAUGAGCAUCUAAACAGAAAAAUGUAUUUCUAUAACUUUGAGCAUGUACUAGGCUAUCUCAGCACACAUUUGCUGGGAACGGGACAAAGUGGAGAAGACCACCGUCCUUUUUAAAAGACUGGCUUAUAUUCACCAAAAGCAGUAUUUCUUAGUUGCUACUAUAAUUCCAAAGAGAAAAUUAUUAACAAAUCUUUCUUUCUUUCUUUGUUUCUUUCACAAAACACUUAUCAGUUCCAAAAAAAAGAACUGUGUUACAGGACUGUAGCAGUAAUGAUGUAUUCUGUCCUUCGGUCUGAAAAUAAGUUUGUCCUAUAUCCUAGGAGGAGCAAUUUAACUGUCUAUUAAGGUAUGAUGAAGGAAAAUGCUGAUUUGGGAAAAUCUGUUACUUAAACUUAGAAACCCAAGAUAUCAAAUCUUUAAAUCAGUUCUUCUUUGCUACUGCACUUGACACUGAAGACCUGCUUCUAGAUGCAAAUGUGUAUCAAGUUAACUGAAUUUCAGGCUAGAUCAGUCUAUAGACUCUCCAGAAAAAAAAAAAAAAAAUCAAUGGACUGGUAUAAAAUGAGUGGCAUUGGAGUGUCCUUCUACUUCUGAUUUUCUCGGGUUUGGUCAUGGCUGUUGUUAUACAAGCUCUUUGGCCAGGUAAAUGAGGGUUGUGCUGUCUGUUUUUCCAUGUCCCAGUAGAAUGGUGGAGUUUGCUUGGGAAAAUGUCAGUGCAAAACUUCACAUGUGACUUUUUAAAGUUCAUAUCUGCCUUUUUUCAGUUAGUAAUUAGUUAUUUUAUUCAAAAUACUGUCCACUUUUUCUAGUAUGUUAUGUCUGAUGCAACGGAGGAACUGAAGAGGUAUAAAGAAAAAUGACCUCUCUGCAGAGAUCUAGCAUGAGUCCUUUGCACUGCUGAAAAGACUACCAGUAUGAUGCUGGCUUUCUGUGUGGCAGGAGCUGGGAUUUCACUGUAAAUAAGAAGUCAACACAGAGUUUCUGUGUAGAGUUGCAUCCAAGUUAUAGAUGAUAACACAUUUACUGAUAAAAAAGAACUAGCAAUACAAUCUCAUAUAUUAAAGAUUUGUAUGGAGCUGGAACACAGAGUGGAAUACAGACUUCUUUGGCACUAUUCUCCUCUACUUUUGACCAGUGUGUGUUGGUAUCAUAUGGUAAGAAGUCGCGUGCAGCACACUGAGUCACAUACUUCCCAUCUCUGUGAAGUGCAAGGCAAGUGACGUGCCUUUUUUUGUCUCAUUGCCUCAUCUUACAUGCCCCAUCACACAGAGCAGUGACAACCUCCCAGGCUUUUCCCAGUUUCUACUGUAGGUCAGUACUUGCAUUCCACAGAUAAGGGCCAUCUUUAUGUAUUUCCCAGUAGCUGGAUUUAAAAUCUUGUCAAAUUGGCUAUUUCAAUUAACUCAGCUAUCUGCAGUAUUGUUCUAAUUUCCCUUUACUCACUGUUGGACCUGCUGAUAAAAAAUGACCUGAGGCAUUUUACAACUUCUGUGCUCUGUAUGUGAAUGAAAAUGAACCUUUAUUUACAUUUUCUGAGUUCAGAGAUACUACAAGAGUUCCAUGUAUUAAUAUAAUAGGCCAAGCUCUGCAGUAUUUAAAUGGCUUAGAAUCAGACACUGAAGUUGGCUUGAUGUACCCAAAUACUAGAUUUUGCUCCAGGCUAUCAGAUUCACCUGACAAGUGCAUGUUGCAAGGUUGUGUCUACUUAUGACUUGUUUUGAUAUAAACCCUCUAUUUUUCAGGAAAUUAAAUUAUUCUGGCCCCACAACAACGUAACUCUUCAAGUACAUAUAUGAUACUACAGAAAUGAGAAUUUCAGGGGAGAAUUGGAAGAAAAUUUUAAUCCCUCUCCUUCAGUUGCUUGACUUUUGUUAGAGUUGUAUGAAAGCCCUAUGAUGACAUGCACUAAAGCCUGUGAGGAAAUUCUGCAUCUUUUAUUUAUUUCCUUCUGCAGCUUCAUUAACUUAUCUGGAGUUGCAGGGGAUAUGGUUAGGUUCAGAAUUCAAGCCAGUGGCUUUAAUGUUGAUAUUUCCACUGGGAAAUGGUCAAGUAAGUAGGCAGCUUCUACAUGACUCCAGAAAUAAUUUUGGAACAGGUAGGCUGAUUUAGGCAUGUUUGACAAGUCACAUAAAGACUCCUCGUGCAUUGACCUGUCCUUCUUCCAUGAAGCAAAUUCGGAGAAAUAAACUGUACAAUCUCUUUAGUCCUGUCCCAGUCCCUGUUCUGAAAACACCAUUAUUUGGCAUGCAGAAAUGCCCCUGAUAAUGUUUCAGAGAAAAUUCUCCAGGGUCUUCCUGAAGAAUUAAACUGGAUUCCAACAACGUCGUUGACAAAAAAUAUUAAAUGAAAGAUAAGUGGUUUUCACUACAAAUAAAAUGUGAUUCAUAUCUGAAAAACUAUGGCAGGAGACUGUCCCUGUAUAAAAAUGUGAUAAGGCCAAUUCCUCAUCCAAAUUCUUUCUGAGAAGCCUCAUACUGUAGAUGAUGAAGAACUAUCUGUCAAAAUCCACAGCUUGAUUUUUCCAGUCAGAUCAAAUCUCAGUGUGCUCAUACCUCCCAGUGCUUCUCUCUGGCAUAUGCUGCUCUUCAACCAUUUAAUUCCUUUGCAUCAGAAACCCAUUGGGUUCCCCACUAAUGCAGAAUCAUGUGCGGCUUCCAAGCAAGGGAACAAAGGCAGCUUGUGAGAGCCUUGCCCAGGAAUAAGGUCAAUAGGUAUAUCCAGUUGUCACCUCCUCUUCUUUGCCCUCAAAAUCCUACCUCCAAAACCUGUUGUGUGAGUUGAGGUUGAGGGGAUUAAGUUCACAGAUACCACAGGCCACACAACGAAGAGGUCUUUCCACCUCACAAGGUUUCUUCUCCAUGUCCCUCUCACCUUCCUGUGGGCAGGGGCAGCAUGGGAGUGAUUCCAGGGAUAAAAUUCCCUCCCCACUGAAGUCAGAUGCAAAUUUCUUGACUGCAAUGGAGACAGGAUUUCAUUCAACAUUCCCACCUAAACAUAAAGUGUAAGAACAGUGACUGUAGCGACAGCAACAAUAUAGGAGCUCUACAGAAAAGACUAAAACCCCACUACAAAUCAGCUUUAGCACUGAUUUCACAAUUGGAAGAAAAUGAAUGUAAAUUCAUAAUUAAUCAGUUAAAGAGUGAAAUCGCUUUUCCUUAAAAAAAAUUAUCUGUACUACUCUGAGAACAACUCAAUAUAAUUUAUUUAAGGAGUUGCUGUACUGCUGUCAAAACUCUAUCACUUUCAGGACAGAACAUCUGUUGCUGGUAGAUGGUCUAGGAAUGCCAAAUAUAAUCUAGAGUUUAUUUUCCAGUAUAAUUCACAUUUUUAUAUCCCAUGAGAAGUACUCUUCACCUUUAUGAGCUCUCUUGGCUGAGCAAACUGGUGCUGGUUUAUGUUGUUGAGUUUUUUAAAAGAAGGGUGGAGAGAACAUGCCUGAAUAUGCUUUUCAAAGAGAAUAAGAUUAUCCUCUAAAGUGUUACAAGUACUUUUAGGUGUUUUCUGGAUUCGCAUUUUAUCCAUAGAUAGACAACAGCCUCAGGUCUUUAAUCCAACAAAGGCAUCACAAAAACUAACAAAGCUGAUUUAGAUGCAUUUGUCUGA